AUGCAAUGCUACACCGAACUCGUGGCGCCCACCGCCGUCUCCAAUGCCGUCGCCCUGCCAUUUGUCGCUCCUGGUGCGACUAACCUCGUCGUCGCAAAGACCUCGUUGCUCCAGGUCUUCACUCUAAAGACCGUCGCAACCGAUGUCAAACCAUCAUCUGCCAACCCCCGUCUCGACACUGGUGCCAUUGAAGGCCCUGAAAGCGUCCAUCGCGUUGAGAACACGGCAAAGCUAGUACUUCUGGGCGAGUACCCCGUGUCAGGAACCAUCACUUCGCUGCAAAGAGUCAAGGCCCUGAACACAAAGACUGGCGCCGAGGCCUUGCUGGUCUCCACACAGGACGCAAAGAUCAGUUUGAUCGAAUGGGACCCCCUCAAUUACCGCAUCUCGACAGUCUCCAUCCAUUACUACGAGCGCGAAACAACAAAUACACUUCCCUUCGGCCCAUCCCUUGCCGACACGCCUAGUUAUCUCAGCGUCGAUCCAAGCAGCAGAUGCGCCGCUCUCAAAUUUGGCACAAAACACCUCGCCAUCAUUCCAUUCCGCCAGUCUGCCGAUGAUUUGGCUGAUGAAGACGACCUUGAUACCCCUCCACCCACAAAAGCGCCCGUCACCGGCACCGAUGCCCAAUUCGAGACUCCCUAUUCGGCAUCAUUCGUCCUACCCCUUACCGCUCUCGAUCCUGCUCUCACGCAUCCUGUCCAUCUCGCCUUUUUGCACGAGUAUAGAGAACCUACUUUUGGCAUUAUUUCGUCAAACAAGGCUCCCAGCCAUGGUUUGCUUGACGAACGCAAGGACAUACUGAACUACACCGUCUUUACCCUCGACUUGGAUCAGCGUGCCUCCACCACUUUGCUAUCUGUUACUGGUCUGCCUUUUGAUAUUUUCCGCGUCGUCCCUCUUCCCUUACCUGUCGGCGGUGCUCUGCUUGUUGGCGCAAACGAGCUGGUACAUGUCGACCAGGCGGGAAAAACAAAUGCUGUUGCCGUGAACGAAUUCGCCAAGCUAAGCUCAAACUUCGCCAUGGCUGAUCAGUCCGACCUUGGUUUGCGCCUGGAAGACUGUGUGGUCGAGGCUUUGGACCACACGAACGGCAACAUGCUGAUAGUCCUGAACACCGGCCGCCUGGCGAUAUUGUCAUUCCGUAUCGAUGGUCGCUCGGUUUCUGGUUUGUCCGUUCAUUUGGUAGAUUCUACUCAUGGCGGUCACCAAUUGAAGACUGCUGCGAACUGCGCUGCCUCUUUAGGACGCGGUAGAUUAUUCCUGGGCAGCGAAGAUGGUGACUCCACUCUUAUUGGCUGGUCUAAGAAGACCUCACAGACGCGCAAGCGUAGUCAUGCACAAAUGAUUGCCGAAGAUGCUGAACUCUCAAUGGAUGAGGAAGAUCUCGACGACGAUGCAGAUGACGACUUGUACGCCGACGAAGCUCCGGUUAUAAAACAGACGACCUCCCAGGCUGCCGAUUCUAGCGGCCCGGAUAGCUACUUCUUCAGGGUGCACGACAAUUUGUUCAGUCUGGGUCCUAUCAAGAACGUCUGUCUGGGCAAAUACGCCACUGACCUUUCUGAGAACGAUCUUGAGCCACAACUUUCCCUGCUUGCAAGCGUUGGUCGGGAACGUGCAUCGAAGCUUGCAUUCAUCAAUCGUGAACUAACACCUAGUCCCCUUCGAACAGUAGAGAUACCCCAUGCUCAAGCGGUCUGGACCGCUUGUGCAAAGCGGGCAGCCCCUCGCGGUCUACCAAAACCCACAGAUGGUACACAGAAUCCUGAGGCGCAGCUUGCAUCUGAUAUGCAGUUUGACCAGUAUCUUAUCACCUGCCACGCUGAUGAAGAUGGCGCCGAAAGCUCAAAGGUAUUCAAGAUUGAUAACGAAGUCACCGACACCAAGCAGGGCGAUGAAAGUAUGAGUUACACCGAGGUGACUGGAACCGAGUUCGAGGGUGAAGGUGAAACCUUGGAUGUUGGCAUUUUGGCCUCUGGUACAAGGAUUGUUCAAGUGAGGAAGCAUGAAGUCAGGAGUUACGAUGCAGAUCUUGGUCUUUCUCAGAUCUUCCCGAUCAUCGAUGAGGAGACCGACGCAGAGCUCACAGUUGUACACUCGUCAUUCUGCGAUCCAUACCUCCUACUGCUUAGGGAAGACUCGAGUUUGCAGAUUCUGCAAGUAGACAAGAGUGGUGACCUUGACGAACUUGAGCGUGGUGAUGCCGCUUUAGCCUCGAAAUGGUUGUCUGGCAGUGUAUACAGGUCAGAGAAGACUGGUGAUAAGGCAUUAGUUUUCCUGCUCAAUGCUGAAGGAGGUCUUGCUGUCUUUGAGCUUCCGAACCUGGAACAGCCAGUUUACGAGGCUCCGAGUCUCUCAGUCUUGUCACCAGUACUCUCAAAUGAGAGUGCGCCUCGUCGUAAUGUUGGCAAGGAAACACUGACCGAACUCAUCUUCGCGGACCUGGGCGAUGCAACAGCCAAAUUGCCAUAUCUCAUUCUGCGCUCAUCAGCGGACGACCUCAUCAUCUAUGAGCCUUUCCAUCAUCCUUCAGCUCCUUCCAUAGCUUCCUCGCCAUUCACCACAAAUCUAAAGUUCCGCAAGGUACCCGGAUUACAUAUGCCGAAGUUCAAUGAGGACGCUUCUCUUCAAAAGCCUGCUCCACUCAAGUUCUUACCCAACGUUGGUGGAUAUUCUACCGUCUUCAUGGCAGGUGGCUCGCCAAGCUUUGUGGUGAAAGAUGCUUCGAGCCUGCCACGCAUUGUCAGCCUGCGAGGAAAGGGCGUCCUCAGGCUGUCUGGUCUCAACAGCCGCAAGUGCGAAGCCGGAUUUGCAUGGGUCGACACCGACGGCACGUUACGUGAAGGUCAAAUUCCCGAUGGCACAAGAUUCGCUUCCAACGGAUGGUCCAUUCGCAAGUUUUCGCCCUUCCCCGAGCAUGUCGAAGUCCAGAAGAUCGCAUACCAUUCAGAGCGUGACUGCUAUGUGAUCACGACUCAGGAAGAGGUCGACUUCUAUCCUCCGGAGGACGACCCUAGGCAUCCAGCGGCAGAUGAAGAAAUCACUCUUCGACCGAAAUCGCUGCUGUUCCGCGUGCAUCUGUACGACGCACGAGCAGAUCGCAUCAUCGACACGUACGACAUUCCCCCGUACGAGUUGAUCACGUCGAUGGAGGUCAUGCCUCUCGAAGUCUCAGAAAUCACACAUCAGCACAGGUUGCUAGUCGCUCUGGGUACCAUUUCACAGAGAGCAGAAAACUAUGCUGCCAAGGGUUGCAUCUACACCCUGGAGAUCAUCGACGUUGUGCCAGAGCCUGGCCAACCAGAGACAGGCAAGAAGUUCCGUGUCUUUGGUAGAGAAGAGACUAAGAGUGGCAUCACCGCGUUGAUGGGCAUCGCUGGUCUUGUUGGCACUGCUCAAGGACAGAAAAUUAUGAUUCGUGGAUUAAGAGAGGACGGAUCGUGCUUGCCCGUCGCUUUCCUCGAUGCGCAAUGCUACAUCACAUCACUAAAGACAUUGGCGAGCAGCAAACUCUGGAUUGCCGCAGAUGCUUGGAAAGGUCUUUGGUUUGGUGGCUUCGGAGAAGAGCCCUAUAAGCUCUCGCUCUUCGGAAAGUCACGAUCGCAGAUGGAGGUGAUCUCGGCUGAGUUCCUGCCGUUCGAAGGCCAGCUGUACAUCCUCCUCAUCGACGCAGAUCUUGACAUCCAUGUGUUACAAUACGAUCCUGAACAUCCCAAAUCAUUGUCUGGUCAACGUCUGCUCCACAGAAGCACCUUCCACCUUGGACACAUGCCUACCUCGAUGACACUACUUCCCUCUACCUUGUCACCAUUCGCCGAGCAGAACCCCGACGAGGACAUGGCAGACAGCGACAGCGAACCCUCAAAGCCAGCCACGCUCAACCACAUCCUGAUCACAACCCAAACCGGCAGUAUCGCAUUACUGACACCUCUUGACGAGGCUACCUACCGACGUCUCUCAGCACUUCAGACAACAUUAUCCAGUAUCCUUGAACACGCGGCUGGUCUCAACCCGCGAGCCUACCGCUCGGUCGAGAGUGAAGGGCUUGGAGCUAGAGGUAUUGUUGAUGGUGAUUUGAUCACUAGGAUCUAUGAGUUGGGUGCUGGUAAGAGACUUGAGGUGCUUGGCAGAGCUGGUGCUGAAGUUUGGGGUAUGAGGAGUGAUUUGGAAAUUAUCGCCGGUGAAGGAUUGGCCUAUCUUUAG